AUGUUUGUCCAGCGCACUGCGUUCGCCCUCGCCCGGCGUUCGACGCCCGUGAGAGCCGCGACCUUGGCUCGACGCACGUUCUCAUCGUCGGUUGUUGUUCGCAGCUCCAAAUGGGAUCCGAAACCGGGAGAGCCACAGGGCAAAAUUGUUCCGUAUGAUGAAAUCAAGACGGAAUCCGAUCUUCUUCCUCCAGGUGGUGCACCCGGUACCGUUCCCACCGAUCUCGAACAAUCCACCGGUCUGGAGCGAUUGGAACUUUUAGGCAAAAUGGAGGGCCGCGAUAUAUUCAACUCGAAGCCUUUGGAUGCUUCGAGAUUAGGAACCCUUGAUAACCCAAUCAUGGUCAAGUCCGGUGGCCCUGAGCAAUACGUCGGCUGCACUGGAUACCCCGUCGACUCCCACAGUGUCAUCUGGCUCACGGUUUCUCAAGAUCGCCCCAUGGAGCGAUGCCCUGAAUGCGGCAACACCGUCAAGAUGGAAUAUAUCGGUCCUAAAGAAGAUGAUCACCAUCACCAUGCUGAGGUCUACGAACCCAAGACCAUGGCCGACUUCGUCAAGCCUGAGUACUGGUAUAGAUGA